GUCCAGUCAGUGUUCACUUUUCUUCUUCAGUAAUUAGCUCGGCUUCAAGCAAAGCCAUGCUUUAGCAUCUUUGAGAAGAACACAACACCACGACCACAGUACAUCUGUCGUAAAACUACAGCUCGUUUUCAGAUCCCUGUCAGAGAUGAGCGAGAUCAGUGAAGCGUCCUUACUGGAUUAUAUCCGCUCCUCAGGAGGAAAAGUCAAAAAUUCUGAUCUGUCCAAAACAUAUAAGCAUUUCAUUAACCAUAGUGAUUUGCAACUACGUGCCAAAUACAGAGAAGAGUUCAAGCUCAUCAUUGAUAGAAUUGCAGUGGUGAAAUCGGAGAAUGGAGAGAAAUAUCUCGUCCUCAAGAAGAAAUACAGGCAAGAGCAAGUGUCUGGCACUAAACAGAGAGGUGAAUCAAUCAAGCCGCUUCAUCCAAACCCACAAAAUGAGCUCCUGGUUUCCAACCCAGUGCAGAACCGUAGCCAAACAGCUAAAACCCCGCAGCCAGUGAUGGUGGCUUGGUGCUCAGGACCCAUGAUUACAGUCACAGACGCACAAGAGCCCACGGAUAUUGAUGAUCAGACGGAGAGCACCCUCUCACUGAAAGCUGAGCAUCAGAGCGAGGAGAUCUCAUCGUCAGACAGAGAAGAAGAGCUCGACAAGGACUCGGGGUCAAAGAGUGAAUCUGAACAGGAUGAGGAGUCUGGAGGCAGUUUGGGAUCCACCUCUGUGGCUCUGGAUCCUCUUGAGAAAGAAUGGAUUUUCUCGGCAGCAAGUGGCAAACUGUGUCAUCUCACUGAGCUACUGAAACAAGACUCUUCUCUGGCCAAUAAAAAGGAUUUUGCGAGUUAAACAGCGUUACAUUGGGCUGCAAAACACGGUAAAGAAGACAUGACCACGGUGUUGGUGGAAGCAGGAGCGGACAUCAAUACGAAAGCAGUACGUUCAGACACAUCAUACAGUGUUGAUUCUUUUGUUUAUGGGGUGAUAUUUGACCUGAAGGACUUUGUGACAAAUUUGUAUCAUAUUUGGUGUUUUAUUCACUCACAGGGAUACACACCUUUACACAUUGCAGCACUACAUGGACAUCGACAUAUAGUGGACCUGCUGGUCAGGACAUAUGGAGCAAAGGAGAACCUGCGGGACUACAGCGGCCGCUUACCAUAUUAUUACCUCAAUAUACGGGACACACAAUCAGAAGAGCACGACCUCUCUGAAGUAAGCGAGUGCCACAGUCUGACUCCGGCCGGCGAGCGCAGGAACAGGAAGAUCAGCUCUUUAUUUCAGUCCAUGAAGAGGUGGGGUUCGGCAGAGGAGCUGGCGCCCGUCCCGGAGGAGAGAACCGUCCCGCAUCAGCUCAUGCUGCCUGCUUUCAGACCCCGAAAGUUUUCACGGUAGACUCUUGCCAAGUCCAAACAUCCGGGUUGUUUUCUUUGCUGCUUUUAUCUCCGCACAAGUAGUAUGGUGUAUUUUGCGUUUGUAAUGUGUUACGGCAUUUCAGAGUGUGACUUAAAAGCGCAAUGUCUUAUAUUCUUUACUCUUUGGUGGUUAAUUCCAAGCCUAAAGGGACAAUUCACCCAAAAAUGUAUACAUCUGUCAUCAUUUAAUCUGCCUCAAGUGUUUUCACACCUGUUUUGGUUUAGAAAUAGUUAUAACCCGAAAUAGUUAUUUUGAAAUAGUUGAAAUAGUUAUAAACCGUUCACAGUUGACAUCCUACUGUGGAAGUCAAUGGUUACCAGGUUGCAACAUUCUUCAAAAUAUCUUCUUUUGUGUUCAAUAGAAAAAAGAAACUUGUAAAAGUUUGGAAUUUCUUGAUGUUGAGUAAAUGAUCAUACAGUUUAGUUUUCUUGGGUGAACUGUCUCUUUAAAUGUUUACAGUUUUCAUUGAGCAAUGAAACUGUGUUUUAAAUUGGCAUUUUGCAAAGGCAAGGCAAAUUGCCUUACAAUACUUAGUCAAAACCAGAAAUUAUGGCUGCAUGAGAAUGCGCUAUAGAAUUUGUUGUUUUAAAGGUGUAUAUUUUUAUUAUUGGCUAUAUACAGUAUAUAUGAUGGACAUAUUUUUUAAAUGAUCAAUAUAUAUUUGUGUGAUAGAUAGAUAGAUAGAUAGAUAGAUAGAUAGAUAGAUAGAUAGAUAGAUAGAUAGAUAGAUAGAUAGAUAGAUAGAUAGAUAGAUAGAUAGAUAGAUAUGUAAAUCAAAAAGUAAUAGUAUAAUAAUUAUAUUUACUAUAUAUAUGCGUGUAUGUUCCAAAGAAAAUCAAAAACAUUCUACAUUAAUUGUUUAUUUCAUACAAUUAUAUUACAAUUAAAUAACAUUAUCAGUCUACAAAAUAAAAACAACUGCAAAAAAAAAGCUUCUGUUUAAUGUUAAUGGCUUUUUUCACUUACAUUAUUUAUUUUUUUAUAUGAUGUAACCGAGCCCGGCCAAGUAAAAAUAAUAUUCCAGCCAUGUAUAUGUUACAAUUUACUCAAAUCAAAUAUGUUUAAAUGUGACCUAUUCUACAUUGUUUCUAUUUGAAAGAUUUGAAUGUAUAAUUGUAUGGAAUUGAAAUGCUUCGCAAACCAGCGGUGUCUUAAAAGUUAUGCUUUAGCCCCUUUUAAAUAAAAACAAAUGUCUUUUACAUUCCUAAAGAUGCUAAAUCUGCUGGUUGUACCUUGAGAGCCUUUUAUGUUACCUGAAUGAAUGUUUAUUUUCUUAGUGUAACUUAUGUUCAUUUAUAAAUAUAAAGAAUAAUAAAUUCUGCUAUGGAUAAA